AAUAAUGCAUCCCAUUCUCCCAGAUGGCAAUGAAACAUGAAGUGAGGGUUUGUGGCCCUGUCGUUUUUUUGACAUGUGAUUUGUUUGCAUUUUGCGUCAAACUACACCGAAGACAAAUAAAUAGGUACAAAUGUAAUUUUAUUUAUAAAAUAGAAAGUAAAAAUGUAUCGAACAGAUAAACAAUUUAUGAAAAACCCGGCGACAGCCGCUAUGAGAAUAUACAUUGGCGGGUUAGCGAAAACUGUAAUUGCUAAUGAUCUAGAAGAGAAGUUCAAGCCGCACGGUACCAUUGUCGGUCUAGCUCUAAACAGCGGUUUCGCCUUUAUUCAGUAUGAAAAGGAGAAUGAAGCACAAUCUGCGAUAAAAUCGGAAAACGGUACUAUCUUGUGCAAUAGAAAGAUUAUAGUGAAACAAGCAUUGGACAAAAAUAAAAAUACAAAUCAAGGACCGCCUCAAAGAGGAGGACCAGGACCCGCACCUCAACGUCCUCCACCACUCUUUCAAGAAUCCCCUCCAAAGCCUAGCAAUAAUGUACAAGAAACUCCACCACCGCCGCCUCAAAAUGUUGCUCCCAAACCAAGCUUUCCUGAAAAAGAUGUCGAUUUUUCAGAAGAUGUUCUUGAAGAUGAUAGACCAAAUAUAAGACCUCCUGGGCCGCCUGGUCCACGCGAUAUGGAUGAUAAUAAAGGUCAUAAAGGUGGAAGAAGAGGAGGUCCCCCUAAAAAUGUUGAUAGAGAUUAUGAAAGAUUUUCCGGCAGAUUUGAACCGCCUCCAAAAAUGGAUAUGUACAGGGACAACAGAGAUCAGUUUUUCGGAAGAGAUAAUCGCGAUUUUCCCCCUCCACCUCACAGAAACGAACGUUUCCCGCCGCCCAUGAUGGACAUGCCGCCGCCUCCUCAAGUUGAAAAAAACGAUUGCGAAAUUAUCGUGGUUGCUAAACAACUCACCGAAUAUGCGGAAUUUAUUGAGCAGAAAUUGAAAAAUCAAGGUCUGUUGGUGGAUUUAUUGUUUCCAAAUGAAGAUGUUCCGAUUGGCAAGGUUCUAGCAAACAUUUCAAGUAGAGGAUGUUUGUAUGCAAUUCUGGUGAUGCCCAUUAAUGAGGAGCACCGAAGUUUGACUCUCAAUAUCCUCCAUGGUAUGCCACAAGAACACAGGAAUAUGCCCGUCGAUGAUGCCAUGAUAUUAAUUUCGAGAGAUUUUGAAAAUUACAUGAAAGGAGAUAACAUGCAGAUAGAUCCAACUCGAAUGACAUUAGUUGAUAGGCAUCCUACUCAAAUGCAGAUGUUACUGAAUCUAUUAUCGGAAAAUCGUCAAAUAUCGUCCGUACAAUAUGACAAGCUCUUCAAAUAUUUACAAGAAAGGAAAACUUUGCAAUUGGAAUAUGAAGUAGAAGAAGGUCUCUUACCUGGAGAAGAAUCGGACUCAAAACAGGUGGAGUUGCAAAGUCGUAUCAUGAAUAUCUUAAAUAAAUCGGGCGAACCAGUCAUUCCAGCAUCGAUCACGGCGCAAGAAGUCCCCCCGCCGCCCCCCAGCGAACCCACGCCGAUCUUGAAAGACCCCACCGUGCAGAAGGCGUUGGACAGUCUGAUGUUGGGUGAUAUGUUUAAGAACAUAGCUGCUUAAGGUGUAAAAUUGUUUUAAUUUUUUUUAUAUGACAUGUAAUGAUUUUAAGUUAGGUAUGUUUUUAAUAUUUGAGAUUGGAAGA